GAGUUCAGUAAUUCAUUAGAAAUUUGAUGCAAGCUAGCAUUCAGGUUCUUCAAAAAACAUCUUUUAAUUCAUUUUUUAAGGAUGAAGCGCAUACUUCUCUGCAUUUGUAUUUUAGGCAUUCUAACACAGGUUGGGGCAUACUUAAAGGUCCAGUACAAUGGAGAUCAGGUUUUGAAGCUCACCCUGAAAACAACAGAUGACUGUGAGCACAUGCAAAAUAUCUGCAAACAACUCCAGCUUGAUCUAUGGAAGCCAAGCAGAAUAGAAGAUAUUCAACCUGGGAAAGAAAUGCAUGUUCGAAUACCUUUUCCACUUCUUCAAAAAUUCAAAGAGAACCUUCAUCAAUAUUCUAUUCCAUUCGAAGUCAUGAUAAAAGAUGUACAAAAACUUAUAGACAGCAGCAAUGUGGGUGACUACAGAAGACAGAAAAAAAUAUUGGCUGAAUUUGAUUAUACCACAUAUCACCCCAUGGAUGAGAUUUAUCAGUGGAUGGAUCAAGUUAAAGAGGCAUAUAGUGACCUGGUUUCUAUGCAUUACCUAGGAUCAACAUAUGAGCUAAGGCCUAUUUACUAUUUCAAAAUUGGCUGGCCUUCUGACAAACAGAAGAAGAUCAUUUGGAUGGACUGUGGGAUACAUGCUCGUGAAUGGAUUGCCGUUGCCUAUUGCCAAUGGUUUGUUAAAGAGAUUCUUGAAACUCACAAGACAAAUCCUUUGCUCCAGAAAGUACUCCAUAACAUAGACUUCUAUAUUGUACCUGUCCUAAAUAUUGAUGGAUUUGUUUAUUCCUGGAAUGUGAAUCGUCUUUGGCGAAAAUCGCGGUCUCCUCAUAACAAUGGAUCCUGCUACGGGGUGGACCUUAAUCGAAAUUUUAAUUCAAAAUGGGGCAGUAUUGGCGCAUCUAACAAUUGUAGAGAUGAAACAUACUGCGGAACUGGACCUGCAUCUGAACCAGAAGUUAAUGCUGUAUCUAAGCUGCUGGGGAGUCUUAAAUCUGAUGUUUUGUGUUUCCUAACAAUUCAUUCCUAUGGUCAACUUCUUCUUCUGCCCUAUGGUUAUACAAAGGAUCCUUCUAUAAAUCAUGAAGAGAUGAUAAAUGUUGCUCAGAAGGCUGCUGCAAAACUCCAAGAGAAGCAUGGCACCGAGUACAGAGUUGGAUCUACAUCACACUUACUAUAUAGCAAUUCUGGGUCAUCUCGAGACUGGGCCACAGAUCUAGGAAUUAAUUUUUCCUAUACAUUUGAGCUGAGAGACACUGGUGCACAUGGAUUUAUACUUCCUGCGAAUCAGAUCAGACCUACUUGUGAAGAAACCAUGGCUGGAGUAAUGACCAUUGUUGAACAUGUUGAUGCAAAGUUCUUUAACAGUGCUAUAAGCAUUUUCUCUUCCAAUCUUGUGAGUCUGUCUCUCAUCAUUGGUCUUUAUUAUGCAAUAUUUUAAUACCAGAGUGGUUUAGAUGGUAUAAAUGUAGUUAUGCAUUCGUUCGACUGGAUAAAUGAGAAGCAUCCAUCUAUUUACCCGUGUUGCCUUUUAUUGUGUUGUUUUCUUUUAUUAUUAAACAUUAAACCGAGUGUAACUUAUUAAUGAUAGCAAACAUUACAGUUCUGUCACAAUUUUCUUCACAUUACCAAGUAAAGCAUAUGUUUGUCAUGCA